CAAUUUCUCGAGCAGAUGUUGGGGAUCGACAAAUUGUUAUCUCGAGGCGAACCGGAGAUGGAGGAAUUAACGAUAUUCGAGCAGCAUACUAUAACACUCGGCAAAGAUUCCAAGAUGGGGUUUGGCUUUGCGAUAUCAGGAGGCAGAGACCAGCCGAACCCGGACUCAGGGGACACAGCCGUGAUAGUUUCAGAUGUGGUACGGAACGGACCCGCUAUGGGACGGCUGUUCGUCAGAGAUCAGAUCGUCAUGGUCAAUGGCGUGUCAAUGGAGAAUGUCUACUCUACCUUCACCAUCCAGAACCUCAAGUCAUGUGGCAAAACAGCCAACAUAACAGUGAAGCGUCCUCGUAAGAUCCAGCUCCCCGCCAGCACCAGACCCUCGCGUGCUGCCUCUUACUCCAACCUGCUGGACCAGGACCCCCCACAGAGGCCCCGACGCUACUCCGAUGGUAGUGACCAGGCCCACAAAGCUGACCGCAACAGAACCGCUCAUGCCCUGCCGCUAAGUUCAGGGUACAAACGGCUCCCACAGCAGGCCUUCCCAGACAAGCCAAUCAAAGCCACCCUGCUGAAGAAGAAACUCACAGACGAGUAUGGACUGAAGUUGGGAAGCCAGAUCUUCAUCAAACACAUGACUGAGACGGGUCUGGCUGCCAAGGAGGGCACUCUGCAGGAGGGAGACCUCAUUCUCAAGAUCAAUGGGAUGACCACAGAGAACCUGUCCCUUCUGGAGACCAAGCACCUUGUGGAGAAGUCCCGGGGAAAGCUGACCAUGAUGGUCCUGCGAGACGACCGCAAGUUCCUGGUCAGCAUCCCAGAAGUGCAGGACAGUGCCCCCAACAGCGAGGAGGACCACCGCGGCAACAGCAGCUCUGAACUGGAGGACAUUUCAGACCUGGAUACAGACAUCCCCACUCCCAGAGACAGAGUGUCACGCUCUGCAACUAGAGAACGACGCACACGCAGAAGAGCUGAUCCUCCUCUAGUAGUUAAGUCACGUGAUCCGUCCCCGGUGCGGUCGACACUGUCCCGGCCUGUUGCUAAAGCCUACCCCUCUCACCGAGCCCUCUCAGAGUCUGAGUCUGACUGUAGUGCAUCACCAACUCCUGUCAGGAAGGACAGCCCAGACCACGCCAACAAAUACAGAACUCUUUCAGGGCUGUCCACCCUCCCCAACCCCAAAGCCUCACCUGCCGUCUUUGACUGGGUCGCCCCACGUUCCUCCCGUCCCUCCUCCUCCACCUUGAGACCUCGCAAAGUGGUGUCAGAGUCGGACUCGGACCGCAGUGCCUCCCCACCCCCCAGAAGAGGAGAGAGUUCCCGAGUCAUAGAGGACCACUCCAGAUACAGAGUGCUCCCUAACCUGCCCCACCCUAGGACACUGAGAGCCUCCCCCAUCACCAUUCGUCAGGAUCCUCCUCGACGGGUCUCCUCUCCUGUCAAAGCCCCACUCCCAGACUCUGAAUCUGAGUCAGACAGCAGCUCCGGGCCCGCCCACAGUCAGGACUCCCGGAGCAGAUACAGAGCCACUCCCUUGGUAGCCAUAUUUCCCCAGGUGGAGCCCCCCAAGUGGAAAGCCCCCAGUGUCACAGCGAGCAAUCCUGCUAAAGGGCACUCAGGAUCCGAGUCGGAGGCAAGUUACGCAUCCGUCCCUCGACGGGAGUCUAAUGACAGUGGUGGCUCCAUCUCCAGGGUAUCCAAGAACCGAUACAGAGCUCUGCCUGAGAUGAAGUCUUCUCCAGCUCCAGUAGUGAGACAGGACCCCCCUCGACAAGGCAUGACCCCCUUCAGUCCAGUCUCAGGUUCCUCUGAUUCGGACAGUACACCCUCACCCCCUAGAAGGUCUGGGAGUACAGAUGUGGAGAGCAACCACAGUAUUCCAUACAGAGUCAAUGGCGAUGUCCGCACUGGGAUAUCAAUGAAGAGCAACCCUCCAGUCUACUCCAAGACAGAGGAACCCCUCUACUCCCUACCCCCAGACUCCAUUCCUACACCUAGCUUGGGCUCAGAUCUGAACACAGUGUCGUUUGUGAAGGAGGGGAGCGUUGGUCUGAGAUUGGUGGGAGGCAACGAUGUGGGCAUCUUUGUGGAUGGGGUUCAGCCCAACAGCCCCGCUCAGGAGCAGGGUAUGAAGGAGGGGGACCAGAUCAUGCAGGUGAAUGGGGUGGACUUUGGUUAUUUCAACCGUGAGGAAGCUGCAAUGUUCCUGAUCAACAUCAAGAGAGGGGAGCCGGUCAACAUCCGUACUCAGAACAAGAUGGACAUUUACAAGAAGAUCCUGAAGUCCAACCUGGGGGACUCGUUCUACGUCCGGACCCACUAUGACAAUGUGGCGGAGGGCGACAUCGGCAUAGCCUUCACCAGGGGAGAGGUGUUCAGGGUGGUGGACACCAUGCACAGGGGCAAGCUGGGAAAGUGGCUGGCUAUACGCAUGGGCAACGACCUGCAUGAGCUGGACAAGGGCACCAUCCCCAACCAGGUCAGGGCCGAGACUCUGGCCAGAAUGGAGCAGGCUCAGAGGGCCAGUGGAGAAGGGGAUCGCCAGGUAUCAGGGCCCAGGGUAGAGUUCUGGAAACUACGGGGGCUCAGAGGGGCCAAGAAGAACGUCCGUAGGACUCAUGAUGACCUGCUCCAGCUUACCAUCCAGGGCAAAUUCCCAGCAUACGAGAGAGUUCUGCUCAGAAAAGCUAAUUUCAAACGGCCAAUCGUCAUCAUGGGUCCUCUGAACGAUGUGGCCAUGGAGAAGCUGGCCAGAGAGAUGCCUGAUGAAUAUGAGGUGGCGGAGAUGGCUCCUCGUAGUAGUGGCACAGACACUACUUCCACGGUCAUCAAGCUGGACACAGUACGAAGGAUUGCAGAGAAGAACAAGCACCCUCUGCUGGACAUUACUCCUACUGCCGUGGAGCAUCUGAACUACAUCCAGUACCACCCCAUGGUUCUGUUCCUGGACCCACACAGCAGGAAGGACGUCAAGGUCAUGAGGCAGAGGAUGUGCCCCAACUCCAACAAGAGCUCCAGACGCCUCUACACACAGGCCCUCAAGAUGAGGAAGCACUGCAGCCAUCUGUUCACAGCUCAUAUUGAUCUCCAGCCCAGCUCUAAUGUGUGGUAUGAGACUCUGAAAGACAAGAUCAGACACCAGCAGGCCAAACUUGUCUGGGACUCAGAAGUCACGUUGGAGGGAGGCGGAGAGGAGGAGCUGGAUGCAUUGGACCGGACCCACUCGGACUACCUGAGUGCUGCCAGCGAACUGGAGGACACAGACGGAGAGGUCUACACUGAUAAUGAGGACCUGGAGGAACCAUUUGAUCCCAGCAAUCAGCUCCGGAUGUCCAGGCUCACCGCUCUGGCCCGGUCUUCAGAGCCUGCCUCUGAGUACCCCUCCCCCGAGUCCCUGAGAGAGGUUCCACCCCUGAUGCAUGUGUCUGAGCCCAGAUCGACCCGUCGUCCAUCUGACAGCCCUCCCCACGUUGACGUUGCUGAUGAAAUCCGACCCUAUCAUAGCUUCUCAGAUUCGGACUUCAGGGCCAUUGACCAGGCUGUUCCGACACCCCCUGACUUCAUAGCCCCUGACCCCAGAGUCUCUGUGCUUGAGCCCCCAUUGGCUGAACUGCUGCCAGAGAGCCCCCCAGAUGUCACACUGUCAGUCAUAGAGAAGAAACAUCAACAGACCCGUAUGGCAGAAUCUCAGGAGAGGAAAGCGUCUCCAUUGUUCAUUGUGUUGGCUCACCACCAGGCUGUCCAAACGAGACGCACUCGGAUCCGAGGCAGUGACAGCUCUGACAAUGAAGAGACUGAUGACAUUGAGUGGGGUCCAGCUACAGAACUUUAGAUUAGAGCACACCAUUCCAGAACUAUAACUCUAGAGUGCACAGACAACGGCUGUGUUCGAGAGCAUCAAAACCGUGAUGUGACUGACUGAUCUACAAAUCAUAAUCAGUCGCUAUUUAUGAUAAAGUUCAGUCAUUCGGCAGUCGCCUGCACAACAAGGCAAUAGCCUCUUAAAUGGGAGAUGUGAAAUGCUCUCAACUUCAACCUUCAAGGAUCACUUGGUUUGUUUUGUCCUUCUGUUGGACCAACAUCUUCUUUGGAGAGGUAAGUUGGAGGGCCAAUGCUAGGGCUGCCUACAGACAUGGGAAUUUAGGCAAUGGCUUCCGCAGACCAGCGCUCACACCUUUCUUUAUGUCUAAUUCCAAGAGCGGAAGAUGUUUCAUUUAGCUGGAAAUUCUAAUUUAAAAAAUCAGUGUUUUUGUAUUUCUACAACUUUUUAAAAAAUAAAUGCAAUUUUUAAAUCAAAACGAUAGAGACGUUACCAACAACUUUGCUGUCAAGGAUGUCAUUUGAACAAAAAAAAGCAUUUUAAAGCUGGAAUCCUAAAUUAAAAAGUGGUCAUCCCACCUUUGUGGUCAAAACGAGUGCUAUGUAUGCAAGGACUGACCAUUGAUUAUCUAAAAAUAUAUAUAGUUAACCAUAUUGAGGCUUUUCAGUGUUUUAGAUUUACUUUGUCAACAAACCAUGGAGUAUAACAAGCUUAUAUUUUGGGUUCUGAUUGGGUAUGUGAUAUAUGGCCAAUUUACCACGGCUAAGGGCUGUUCUUAUGCGCAACGUGAUGUGCCUGAAUGGGAAAUGCUCAAACAAUUAUGGACAUUCAAUUAUGGACAUUCACAGAACACUGGAUAUAUUGAAGCUCAAUUUUCUAUCCUGCUUCAUUUCUGUUAAAAUGACUGAUUUUUGUAAAUAUUUGGUUCAUUAAAGAUUACUGAUAUGGCAAAGAAUA